AAAGCACAAAGCCGCAGCCCCUCUCAGGAACGGCGUGCCCAUGAAGGAGCAGUGGAGGCGAGACAUCGACGGAAAGUGGACCAGCUUCAGGCGCAGCUCUUCCAGUCGCAAGAGGACCGUGCCUGUCUGGAACGCGAGUUGGAAGCUCUGCGUAGCGAGGAGCACCAGCGACAGGAGGAGAACCCCAGGCCUCUCCAUGUCUUGCUGUCCAUUGGCGAGCAAGCGCCUCCGCUGGUGAAGGAACUGAAGUUGGAAGUGAAAGGCACCAGAGAGCUCCGGGAUAAGAUCUAUUCGCUGGAAUCAGAGCUGGAGACUUACAAGCGGCGCUUGGAGGUGGACGUCCGACAACAGCUGGAGAAGGAACAGCACCGCGUUAGACAACAACAGAUGGAAUUGGAGGAGAAGGAGCGCAGCAUUUCUGAGCUGGUCUUCGACCUCCGACGGGCCAGACAAGCCGCCGGUGAGGGCGAUUGGGCACAACGGGAGGAGGAGUACAUGCGCUUGAACCUGCAGCUUCGCAGGUUGGAAGAAGAGUUGCAAAGUUCCCGGCGCAACGAGCAGCAGAGCGGAGAGAGGCUGCUGGAUGCAGAACAUCAAAUCCUGGAACUGCGAUUCGAGCGAGAACAGGUGCAGCACCGAAGUUCACGCCUAGAGACUCGUAUCUUGGAGCUUGAGUUGGCUGGAGAUGCUUCACCCAGGCGCCCGGAAGGCCCGCCGGCAGCAGCUGCAGCUAAGCUCCAAACGCGGAAGGAGAGGAAUCUGGAAAACGUCAUCGAGGGACUGGAGCGCGUGAUCAACCAGCAGAAGGGCGACAUUCAGCGUCUGAGGGUCGAAUUGGAAAGGCGUCCUGAGCGCAAGGGCGAAGUGGAAAGGCUGCGGAGACGGGUGCAAGAGCUGGAGCACAGCACCCUGGAGAUGCCGCGUGCAGGUCUUGUGGACGAGCUGCGACAAGCCUUAGCUGCCAAGGAGGAGCACGUUCUUCAACUUGAGCAGCAGCUUCAACAACUCCGCGAAGUCUCAGCGGUUGAUCGCCAGGCUGAUGCUCCUUCAGAGGCGGUGAGUCGUUUGCAGCAGGAAGUUCUCGAGCUGCGCCGGGCACGAGGAGAGGAUGCAGCCGCCUUAGAUGAAGCGCAACGAGCGCUGCACGAGGCAGAGCGCACCGAACAGAGAUAUCUCGAGGUGGCACGCGAGAACCGAAAGCUGCGACAAGAUUUGAGCGCUUUGGAAGAUGAAGGAUUUUGGCAGGAGAUCGAGACUCUGCAGCAGCGGAACGAGCAGGCGACAAGCUUGGUAAGAGAGAGCAAAGAGGCACUGGAGAGAAUGGCGCCAGCGGCAGCCAUGGAUGUGACUUCGUUGGUGGCUCGUUUGGAAGUCUUUGCUGCGCCUGCUGCUUAAGGACAAGAAAAGGUCCAGCAGAUUUGCUGAGCUGUGUGCUUUCUUCCUUGGCGGAAUAGCUAAUUCAAAUUGCCCUGGCUACGGCCCCACAGACCCAAGCCCUGAUG